GGCGGUUGUUAGGGGGUGGGGGAAGCGGACAAGGUGAUCCGGGGGUUCGGCGGGCUUUCAUCGCGCUUGGAAGCCGAAGCGGCUGCAAACGCCGGGCGGGAUCAUGGCGAAGGAGGAAGACAAGGGCGAGAUGAAGGUCCCCGAGGAGAUGUUCAAGGAUGUCAAGUUCUUCGUGGUGGGAGACAUCGACUCCAAGGUUAUUCAACUUCUGAAAGAUGGGAAGGCAAAGGAAGUUUCCUAUAACGCUGUAGCUUCACACAUCAUUUCAGAAGAUGGGGAUAAUCCAGAAGUUGGUGAAUCUCGUGAAGUGUUUGAUCUUCCAGUAGUAAAACCUUCCUGGGUGACUUUGUCUGUUCAGUGUGGAGCUCUUCUGCCAGUAAAUGGCUUUUCUCCAGAAUCCUGUCAGAUCUUUUUUGGAGUUGCUGCUUGUCUGUCUCAGGUAUCCUCUGAAGAUCGGACUAUGUUGUGGGCUUUGAUUACGUUUUAUGGUGGGGAUUGCCGUUUGAGCCUGAAUAAAAAAUGUACUCAUUUGAUUGUGCCUGAACCAAAAGGGGAAAAAUAUGAAUGUGCCAUUAAACGAGAGAACAUUAAAAUUGUGACACCUGAUUGGAUUCUAGAUUCUAUAGCUGAUAAAACCAAAAAAGAUGAGGUUCCCUAUCACCCCCGUUUAAUAAUAUAUGAGGAAGAAGAGGAAGAGGAAGAGGAGGAGGAAGAAAAUGAAGAACAAGAUUCCCAAAAUGAAGGGAGUACUGAUGAAAAGUUAUCAAGUCCACCAUCUUCUCAAGAAGGGUCUCCUUUGGGCAAUCGAACUUUUUCUCCUAAGUCUAUUGAUGCUGACAGAAACAAAGGAGAACUUAUGUUUGAUGAUUCAUCAGAUUCCUCUCCUGAAAAGCAUGAAAGAAAUUUGAACUGGACCACAGCUGAAGUCCCACAGACUGUUGCCAGAAAGCACACAUUGACUCCAGGCAAGGACUCUGGAUUGAUUAAUUUGUGUGCCAAUGUCCCACCUGUCCCAGGCAAUAUUUUGUCCCCUGAUAUCAGAAGUAAUAUAAUGGCUUCAGUACAAACUCCGCAAAGUUCUGGACAUCCUGAAAUGAUGACAACAUGGAGUCCUGCAGUCCGGACACUAAGAAAUAUUACCAAUAAUGCUGAUAUUCAGCAGGUUAAUAGGCAAUCAAAUGUAGCACAUAUCUUGCAGUCACUUUCAGCACCCACAAAAACUUUGGAGCCACAGAUGAACCACAGCCAGCAGGGGCAUCCCAACACAGUCUUGCUUAGCCAGGUCAAACUGGCACCAGAAACACGCUUAGUGCAGCCGCCUCCGCCUCAGCAUCACCAGCCUCAGCAACAGCCGCCACCGCAGCAGCAGCAGCAGCAACAGCAACAGCAUCACCAUCUCUUGCAUCUCCAAGCCCAGCAGCUCCUGCAGCUGCAACAGUCCCAGCCGCCACAGGCUCAAAUUCCCCAAUCGCCUUUCCAACAGCAGCCGCAUCAGUUUGCCCAACAGCAGCAAGUCCAUCAGCACCAGUUUCCUCAGCAGCAGCAGCAGCCACAGCAGCAGCAGCAGCCACAGCAGCAGCAACAGCAGCAACUCCCCUUCCCUUCCCAACUGGUACACUCCCAGCAACAAAUGCACCGCCCCCCACAACCCAUGCCAUUUCAGCAGUUGCAUCGAUUGCAACAGCAGCACCUGCAGCAGCAGCGGCAGCAACAAUUGCAGCUUCAGCAGCAAAACCUUCAGCAGUUACAGCAUCAGCAUCAGCAGCAACAGCAACUUCAGCAGCAACAACUCCAGCAGCAGCAUUUACAACAAAUGCAGCAGCAGCAAAUGCAAAUGCAAAUGCAAAAUCAGACACCACAACACUUGACUCCAACAUCUCAAACACUACACCAUCAAGUUCCAAUUCAGACCCAACAGAAUCCCCAGCAGCAACAACUGCAACAGCACCAACUGUUUGGACAUGACCCAUCUGUAGAAAUUCCUGAAGAAUAUUUCUUACUGGGUUGUGUCUUUGCAAUUGCUGAUUAUCCUGAACAUGUAUCUGAUAAACAUCUGCUGGGAACUUGGAAAAGGGUAAUCCAUAUUCAUGGUGGUACAGUUGAUCCUACACUUACAAGCCGAUGUACACAUCUUCUUUGUGAAAGUCAACUUAGCAAUAUGUAUGCACAGGCUUUGAAAGAAAGGAAAAGAUGCAUCACUGCCCACUGGCUGAAUUCUGUGCUAAAAAAGAAGAAAAUGGUACCACCCCAUCGAGCUCUUCAUUUUCCUGUAGCAUUUCCACCUGGAGGAAAACCAUGUUCUCAGCAUAUAAUUGCUGUAACAGGUUUUGUGGAUGGUGACAGAGGCGAUCUCAAGUUGAUGGCCUACCUAGCAGGAGCAAAAUACACAGGCUAUCUUUGUCGCAGUAACACCAUUCUUAUCUGUAAAGCGCCAACUGGUGUAAAGUAUGAAAAGGCCAAAGAGUGGAGGAUACCUUGCGUUAAUGUACAAUGGCUCUGUGAUAUCUUACUUGGAAAUUUUGAGGCUUUGCGGCAAAUGCAGCACAAUCGAUACACAGUUUUCAAUCUUCAAGAACCCUUUGCUCCUAAUCAGCAUCUAGUUCCAAACCUUCUUGAUGCUUGGAGGGUGCCUUUAAAGGUGUCACCUGAACUUCAAAUGAAUGUGAGAUUACCACUUAAACCAAAGCAGAAUGAACCAGUAAUUCAACCUACAAUCAAGAGGCCAAGAAUUGAAGACUUGCCGACACCUACAAAAAAACUGCCACCAGAAUUGACACCAGUGAUUCUUUUUACAGGAUUUGAGCCUAAUCAAGUACAUCAGUACAUAAAGAAAGUCUAUGUUCUUGGAGGUGACGUAGCAGAGUCUGCUCAGAAGUGUACUCAUGUGAUAGCUAGUAAAGUAACCCGCACUGUAAAGUUCCUGACAGCAGUUUCAGUUGCAAAACAUAUUGUAACACCAGAAUGGUUGGAAGAAUGUUACAAGUGUCAGAAAUUUAUAGAAGAACAAAGCUACCUGCUCCGAGAUGCAGAGGCUGAAGUCCUUUUCUGUUUCAGUUUGGAAGAAUCUCUAAAGAGAGCGCAUGCAGCACCACUCUUUAAGGGGAAAUAUUUCUAUAUUACUCCUGGAAUUUGUCCUAGCCUAUAUACUAUGAAAUCUAUUGUGGAGUCGGCAGGUGGCAAGUUGUUAUCUAAACAACCUUCUUUCCGAACAGUUAUGGAACACAAACAAAAUAAGAGCUUGUCAGAGAUUAUCCUUAUUUCUUGUGAAAAUGAUCUACACUUAUGUCGUGAAUACUUUACCAGGAACAUAGGUCCAAAACCUAACUGGAAGAGGUCGAGAUAAUUCAUUUCAUCCAGGACCCUCUGAAGCUGCCAAGCAAAUCACCUUUUCUACCACCUUCCCUAAAAGGGAGAAUGGGAAACUAUACGAAAAUUGUCCAGACAGGUAGAAUCAAUCAUUGAUUUUUUUUUUUUUGAGGAGGGGGCAACCAAUACUUCCUUAAAAGGUCCUGAAAAUGUGCCUUCCUCUAUCAUUACCUGAACUUACCUGGCUGUUGCUGUUCUGGAGGAUUUCACCGACCAGGAGAGGGACAGGGAUCUAAUUGGCAGGUGGUUGCACUGAUAGUAUUGAGGAAGGUGUCCAUUUCGUCAGGUUCAACAGAAUUGAACUGUUCCCAGAUAAACCAUGUAAGACCUUUCCUUAGGCAUCUCACGCCGAGCUGCACCACGCUUAGGUUUCAACUGGGAAUGAAUCUUCGCGAUCUGUCCAUCAAAUUCCUUCACGUGACUCUGAAGAUGAUCACCUGAGCCUUCAUGUUCCAGGAAGGACCGGGUGAUCCCGAACAGAGCCACCAAGUGACACUAUGGGACGCAAUAAGGGCUGAUAAAUAAUGGUAUUUUGCUGCUGUUAUUGCCAAGAGGUAGCAGCUCUGAAUUGUGUCUCGUUGGCUUCAUUCCUCUUUUUUCUCCAGCAGUGCUCAAAGCGUUUAUUAUCCUUUUCAGAACCUUGCAUCUCCUCCUCCAUGUGAAUCUGGUCAUGAGAAGCCCCUCAGGCACAAUUCUGUCCCAAGCCUCAGCUGCCCUUUGGUUUUAGGAUGUGACCAGAGUGUUGGCAGGAGCAUGCAACAAAUUUUGUUUGCUAUUAAUGUAAGCUGCCAGAGUCGCUUCGGAUUCAGGCAGCAUCUAGAUUUCAUAAAUAAAUAAAGGCAUACUUAGUGGUUAGGAUGUAGAGAUGAAUAUAUUGCUUAUCACACAGUUCUUAAUUUUUUUACAGUUGCCCCAAGCCACAUGCCACUUCAUGAAUUUACAUGAAUCUGCUCUUAAUUUGUCUUAUUUAUUUUCAAAAGUAUAAAUACAACACCUAAAUAUUCAGUAUAAAUACAACAUCUAAAUAUUAAUGCAGUAAUCAAUAUUAACAGCCAGAACAUCUUUUUGAAAUGGAUUAGAUAAUAAUUGUGCCUUUGUCUUUCUUUUUUAAUAUUACCUAUUUAUUUGUGUUUUAUUUCAAGCCUGAAUGCAGUUUCAUUUGAACAUUACAGUUGGCUGUGAUCCAAAAGGACAAUUUUGGGAUAAAUUGUUCUGGCCAUAAGAAACAGUCGAUGCUUGGAACAAUUUUGGUACUGCUAUUUUUCAUUUCAGGGCAGCAAGAAUAGAUAGGAUUGGCAGCCUACAUAACAAUUGACUAUUGGGAUGGUUUUUAAGAGAUUGCUGGAAAAAAUUUUUGAUAGGAAAAAAAUAUUACAGUACCUGCAGACAGUAUUUCCAUUUCAGUCUUACUUUGGCAAAUUCCUUCUGGCCAGAUAAAAUACAGGUAGUCCUAGACUUACAACCAUUCAUUUAGUGAUUGUUCUA